CGUCGAGUUGUACUUACCGGUUAUCCUCUUCAAAACAACUUGAUGGAGUACUGGUGUAUGGUGGACUUUGUGCGCCCAAACUACCUGGGCACCAAGCAGGAGUUCACAAACAUGUUUCAAAGGCCCAUUGAGAAUGGACAAUGUAUCGACAGCACUCGAGAUGAUCGAAAAAUUAUGCAGGGUAGAGCUCAUGUCCUACAUGACUUACUUUCUGGAUUCGUACAACGUCGAUCGCAUGCUGUACUUAAGGCUAGUCUGCCUCCAAAAACGGAAAUCGUAUUGCUCGUCCGCCUAACCCCAUUACAGCGCCGUCUCUAUUCAGCAUUCAUGGCCAGUUUAGGUGCUUCCGGACCGCUUGGUUGGGCCCAAGUAAAUACGCUCAAAACUUAUGCAAUGUGCUGCAAGGUCUCCUAA